AUACACUAUACACUGGCAGACAAGUGAAAACAAGAAAGCUACCAUGCCCUUAACUGUGAAUUGCAGAGUAGUCACGUAGAUGUCCCUAUUUCUUGUGUUCCUUGCAUGUGGAACAAGAAGCAGUUGUGCAUGUCACAGUUGCUUUUCAUAUGUGGCUGUAACUGUGGUAUGAUAAACUGUAGUUACAGGCGUUUUGCAAUUAUCUCUAGUUCUUUUACAUUAAAAUCAUCGAAACAGUUAACAUAACUUUGUUGUGGCUGUAGGGUAACUUAUAUGGUCCCACUUUAGGACCCUUUUGUAAACUGCUUAUCCCUACGUCUGUGUGUAAAGUUCCAUUUUAGGCAUAGAAAUUCACUUUUAUGUCUGGCUAAAUUGUACCAAAUUAUCAGCUUUGCUGCAGGCGACGGACAUACACAUAUAAACAUGUGCUAUUAACAAAAUAAAAGGAACCCACUGACGAUGGCGAAACUUCACUUAAAAGGCAGAAUGCUUUUACAAUAACAUAUCCACAUGAAAUGUGACCACUACGAGCAACCAAAUUAUUGAGGUUCUUAAGCGUUUCUGAAACACUGCGGAGCACAUAACUACAUGCACGUUUUUAUGUUAUUACAAUCUGUAUGCAAAAUAGGGUCGUUGGCUUUUUCUUCAUCACAUUCUGUAACUACUUCCAGUGUACCGCUGUCACAGAAUAAGCAAACAAAGAAUUCUGCAGCUCAAAAUAUUAGAAUGAAAUGACAGGAUAUAUUUCCCAGUAUCUGGGCUCACAAACUGUGGUUCAUGAAUGACGAAGAACUAAUGUUUACGACACAAGUGAUGGUUUGUCAACCGCUUAUCCCCCGCUACAUGACAAACGUGUUCUAUUCUUAGACAAAAGUCAUAUAAAGGUUGCUAUCUCUAACAGGUUUCAAAAGAGAUAACGACCAAUUGCAUGAUAAUAAUUGUACUCGCACUUUUGUCUUACACGUGCGCUACUCCUCCGUUUACGACCACGUCAUUCUCAAUACGCAAAGUUAACAAUCGCGUGUCAGUACGUAGUUCAAGUUUGUGACAAGUCAGCGCUGGAGAUCAAAGUAUAUAUGAACUGCUUGCCGCGCAGAUAGUCCACUGUCCAGUUGAAUUUUGUUUCUGCUUGCAGCUGAGCGUCAGCAUGGAAGGCUUCAUUAAAAAAAUUAUUUUCCUUUUCCUGACGCCAGAAUGUUUCGACGAGUAUUUCGUAAAUUUCAAUUUUUUUCAUGUGCCAUGCAUGAAGGCAACAAUAAGCAAAGCCCUCGGGUUGGUCAUAAUCGCCGGAUCAGUUAUGGUGAAAGUUCCGCAGAUCACGAAGAUCCUGAACGCUAAGAGCGCGGAGGGAAUCAGCUUUGCGAGUGUUUUGCUGGAACUAUCCGCCAUCACUUCCAGCGCCUCCUACAGCUUCACCCGGGGAUUUCCAUUCAGCGCGUGGGGCGAGGGCCUGUUCCUGGCGCUGCAGACGGCGGCCAUCGCGGCGCUGGUGCUGCACUUCGGGCGCUCGGCCGCGCACGGCGCCGCCUUCGCCGCACUCUACUCCGUCUUCGUCUACAGCCUCACCUCCGGCAUCGUGCCUCCGGACUUCCUGUGGAACCUGCAGGCGCUCAACGUGCCCAUCAUCGUCACCGGAAAGAUGCUGCAAGUGAUAGCGAACUACCGCAACGGCGGCACGGGCCAACUGUCAUUCGCCACCGGCUGCAUGCUGUUCUUCGGCUCACUGGCGCGCAUCUUCACCUCCAUCCAGGAGACUGGCGACAUCAUCCUGGUGGUGACCUACAUGAGCGCCUUCAGCGUCAACGCCAUGAUCUUCGGACAGCUGAUCUAUUACAACAGGAAAUCCCCGAAAUCCUCGCCGGCGAAGGGCAAGAAGGGCUCCGCCAAGGAGCAGCGCUCUUCUGGCAAACAGCGCGCCAAGAAGGAGUAAGCUGUCUCUCCCCAGGAGUACAUCCGGUUGACUACAGUCUGCGCUCACUCGACACGUCUCUGCACUCUACUAGAAAGCAAACAGGCUCACUUACGUACGGGUUGCAUUCCUUUUGUCCUACAAUCCGUUAACAACCUGUCGCGGUGUAUAGAAAGUUAUUUUUAAAAGAACAGAAGAAAUGUCACUAAUUUCACAACGGCCCUGUACAAGGUUCCAGUACCCAAAAAUUUUGCCUUUAGCAAAUAAUUACAAUUCCGUAUCUCCACUACAUACAAAGCAUUUUCCCAUCGUUCGGUUGGAACACAGUCCAUGAAGUCACAGUCUCAUGAUAGUGUACCCAGUAUAACUAUGUUCCAGUGCAAGUCUCCACUUUCCCUAAGUAUAUCUGAAGGCUUCCUUUAACAUCGCCCAUUUGUAUAAGGACACUAAAAAUUCCGACAGUUAUAAACGUAGAACGUGUGUUGCAAUUUUUUGGGUUGAAAACGAAGAUUCAACGUGGAAAUCGAAACCUUGGUCUAAGAGGUAGUUUUCUCUUGUUUUAUCACGAAUCAAUUCUCAUUCGUUUAGCAGAUCUCAACCGAACUCGUUACGUAUUUAUUACAAUACGAGAUUUUUGCAACUCUUUAACAGAGGCAUUAAAAUCGUCAAUAAGAUGUUGAAUUCUGAUUCAUGUUACUCCUAAAUUUAUAUUUUACCGAAAAUUUUUCUUCUCGAACGAAGGUAGACGUUUUUAUGACAGUCAAGCGGCCAAUUAGUGAAAUGGCAGAGACGACGGGUUACAGUACACGCGUUUUUACGCCUGUUGCUUAUGCAUCACGUUGGGCGCUGGCGCCUGACGUGUCACGUGCGUGCAAGGCACUGUCAGUUCGCAAGACUGGUUUCGUCGACAGACUGUACUUCAACACAUUCACUGUACAUCAGCAGUAUGCUCCACUCUACACUGCAUAUCAUCAUAAGUUCCCAGUAUUCGAGGGAUGUGGGUGGGUUUAUUCAUUCAGAUUUUAUUUAUCAAUGAGCAACUUUCAAGAGUUUAAAUUUUUUUAAAUGCAUACUUUUUAUUAUG